CAGGGCUGGACCGGUGCCAGAGUCACAGUCAGGAGACACAGAAGCCUGAAUAUGUCAGAUCGAGGAUUUAGUUGGGCAUCUGGCUCCUGGUGGGUUCCGCUGGAAAGGCGCCGGCAGGAAAGAAUCCAAGGUUGGGGGCAGCGGCAGGCGAUGGCUUCAGCAGGACUCACAGGCGGUUUCCCAGCUGGUGGGAACCCUUGGCCUUUCGGCCAGAGGACUGGGCAACAACGGACCUUUCUGGAACAGGUCCGGAUGUGAACAAACUGGCCUUGUUAGGGAAGGGGCGGAGUUGAGGGCUGUUGUGGAGAAGUUGGCCACACCUCUGGCAGAUGGGUGUUGGCCUACAUUGCCAGCCCUGGAAGGUGCUGCUGAGUCCCAAAGGCACUCAGGACUCCACUACAGCUGCAUCUGAAGUGAGUGGGAAGUCUCAGGAGAGGUGCCUGCUGUUGGCCCUUGGUGUCGUCAGUGUCACUAUGAUUCUCACGAUCCUGAAGCAAAUAAACUUAAAGAAGAAAGGUCGCAUCACUUUACAGGACCCUGAAGCCGAGUACCCUCUGCCCUUGAUUGAGAAGGAGCAAAUCAACCACAACACCCGAAGGUUCCGCUUUGGACUGCCCUCACCGGACCAUGUCUUAGGGCUCCCUGUAGGUAACUAUGUCCAUUUCUUGGCCCAAAUUAAUGAUCAAUGGGUAAUCAGGGCUUACACUCCUGUUUCUAGUGAUGAUGAUCAAGGCUUUGUGGACUUCAUUAUAAAGAUAUACUUCAAAAACGUGCACCCCAGGUAUCCUGAAGGGGGAAAGAUGACUCAGUACUUAGAGAACAUGGAAAUUGGGGACACCAUCCUUUUUCGAGGGCCCACAGGGCGCCUGUUCUACCAUGAGCCAGGUUCCCUUAUAGUCAAAGUAGACGAAAUGAGUGAGCCUGAAAACAGACUGUUUCAUCACCUGGGAAUGAUUGCUGGGGGAACAGGCAUUACUCCCAUGCUGCAGCUUAUUCGCCACAUCACAAAGAACACCAGUGAUGGGACCAGGAUGUCCCUUCUCUUUGCCAACCAGACAGAAGAGGAUAUCUUGUUGAGAAAGGAGCUGGAAGAAAUCGCUACAACUCACCUUGACCAGUUCAACGUGUGGUAUACCCUGGACAGGCCUCCUGUUGGAUGGAAGUACAGCUCUGGAUUUGUUACUGCUGACAUGAUCAAGAAGCACCUCCCUCCCCCUGGGGAAGCCACACUCAUCCUGGUGUGUGGUCCACCACCUAUGAUCCAGGAGGCAGUUCACCCCAGCCUGGAGCAGCUUGGCUAUACCAAGGACAUGAUUUUUACCUAUUAAUAUCUCCUAUGCUCCUUGGCAGGUCCCUCUUCCUGUUUCAGAGUGAGUUUGCCUUCACAUUAUUCAACUACAGUAUUUUCUAAGUGCCUCUCCAAUGUACGCUUGGGCAUGGUGCUGGUCUCCUGGGUGUGGACCUAAGAAUUCAAAGAAUGUUAAAAGACAAGGUAGUUUUUGAGCUUCCAGGCUUGGAGGCUGGGGAUGAUGCCUUUCUCCAUGGCUUAGUGUAAUAAACUGCACUGCUCUGCAUUUAGUGCACAAUGUAUGAAUAUGUAGGGACUGGGCAGCCAGAACUUGCCUGGGUAGAAUUCCAGCAUGAUCCAAAUGGGGUUCCAUCACUCCCACUAACCACUCAUGAACCUUCUUUUCAUUUCUCCACUUUAAAGGCAUGACUCACAAGAGGGCAAAGGCCUUGUGUGUUCUUCCUUCCCAUGUGGGACACUUUGAGACACAAAUAGGAUUAAAAACCUGUAUGUAAGGGCAGUAAAUUCACAGUAGGUAGUAGGAAUCCCUUCCUUAGUCCCUGAAUUUUGUACAGCAGAUGGAGACAUGGGGAAAUAUUUAUAUCUUAGCAUUCUCUAGGUGACAGACUCCAUCUUGGUACUGGGCCAAGGUAGGCAUGGUUAGACUUAAGUUUUACAAUUCACCAUACCCAGCAGCUGUUCCUCAAAUCCAACCUACAUGAUACAGGACUGCUACCGCCACCUGCUGUUCAGAGUGAGAAUAACGCACUGCUGCUCUGCUUCUUCAGUGGGUAAGCCCACUGCAACUUCUUUUCAUAUAUCCUUCCGAACAGGCCAGAGAUUCUGUGGAGAUUUUGUUCUCUAAGUCACACAGGAGGAAACAGACACAGUUAGUUACAUGUCCCCCAAGUCAUUCAGACAGUGGGUAGCAGAGUUGGCUUUAAACCUGGGUCUGUUUAAUUCUAAGUCUGUUCUCCUUUCAUAAAAACUAGCAUAGAAGCAGCAGUAUUAGAACUCACUGCUGGGUCUGUUGCUCAAUGUGCAUGGGUGAGGAGGGCGCCAAAAAGAAAAAAAAAAAAGAGAGGAGAGGAAUAUGGCUCCAGGGAGCUCUGCUGUACCCCUGAAGCUCAUCCACAGGGGGCCAAACAGUUUCAAGGCAGGCCUGGGAGAGACACUCACACUUUGAUCCACUCAGUCGAGCUUAGUGUAUCCGUGGGGAAAGCCCAAGGGAAAGCACUCCUGUCCGUUCACUAAAUUGCCCCACUUGACACUGAACUCACUCGGUAGCUCAAGUCGUCUGUGAAGCCACAGUCAUCCUGCCUCAGCCUCCCAACUGUUAGUAGCUGGGAUGACAGGCAUACGCCUCCAGGCCCAUUGGACUCAUCUCAACCUCAUGGAUUUUUCCUUCCCUAGGCCUUCCUUCCACUCUGACCUUAUUUUUCUGUCUAAUGGUUCUUAGUUGGGAGGGGGUGAUUCCCCCCCCCCCAGGGGACAUCUGACAAAGCCUGAAGACAUUUGGGCUUUCUGAACUGGAGGAGAAAGGGCUAAUGACCUCUGUACGGAAGACCAAGGAUACUGCAAAAGCAAUCCGACAACUGGAACUCACUUAGCCCACCCAGACUACAGUGGCUCAGCGGGUUUAUGCAGAGGGUACCAGUGCAUGGCAAAAUGGCACAUAACCUCAAAGCGGGCUGUGAACAUCUCGGCGGCAAAGGCAGACAGCACCCAAAGGGCAGAGUUGACUUGGAACCAGAAUAAAGAAUAAACGGGGUGAAGCAAAGACAAAUCAGUGGACUCAACAAAGGCUGGUGGAAUGAUGGAACGGGACUGGCAUGCCCAUCUGUGAGCAUUCUGUGACUAACGAAUUCAAAGCAGAAUGGUGACAAGGUGACAGGCGUGGGGAAUGUCUGGCAGGGACCAACUAAGGUGGUGAGGGACCAGUAGAAAGUCAUGGGCAGCGAUCAGAUAACAAAACAGGAACUGGAACAGCCACAGCCUGGGAGGGAACGAGGGUUUAGUGGGUGCCUCCCUUGGAGGUAUCAAGGUAACAGAACUGGCUUGUAUAACAGGGGGGGAAAGUUUGUGUUUAAGACUGUCCACUAGGGGAGGUAUUUGAUCAGCCACUACUUGAGGCUGGUGAGGGAAAGUGUGUCAUGUCACCUUGGUGUCUUGGGAACGCUUCUGCUCAGACACCCACUGCAGAUACAGGUGGACAGAAGCUGCUAGAGGAUCGAGACAGGAGUCCUGGUUGUCAGGGCCAGGCUCCCGGAAGUGAAAAUACAUACUUCUUAUGAAGUAGCCCCAGAGAAUCCCCUACCCCAUCCCAUCCCAUCCGCAACUUCAAUCAGCCACUGCAGGACAAUCAGAACAAUUUGCACACCUUUUUUUUUCCCUCCAAGCAGAGGCUUUUAUGAACUAACAGCUCAUUGCCUUUGUUCUGCAUUUAAUACCUCACUUCCCUCUCUACAAGAGUGUCUGCAGUUUGUAUAUAAAAGUACAAAAGGUAGAAAA